UUAUAGAGUGAAGGGCGUCUUGGACAAGAGAAAGCAUUUCUUAUCACAAUAAUUGAGGAUCGAAACGGAGGCCAGAGAGCCGGUGAAAGCUGCAGCUUCACGUGACCCCUGCCAAGCUAUCGGGCCGCUCUCUCGCAAAUCACUCCCGAACGAUCCAGCAGAGCCGCACGCAUCAACAGCUUCAGCCACCUGCCACGCAACGCAUCCCAGUUACGUAUCCGCACAAAUCGAUCCUCCGUUCCCCCAUCCACCCAACCCGCUAUGUCCGCCUCAGCCCAAAACAGUUCGCAAACAAGCAAAGCCCUCGCCUCCGACUCCAAAAACGGUGACGCAGCCAAAGACGCCCAGAAGCCCGCCGCACAGCUCGAGGAAGACGAUGAGUUUGAGGAUUUCCCCGUAGAAGGUAACCCAAGCCUCGCUGUCCAGUUUAAACUGGGUGCUAGUAGAAUGAAUACUUACUGCGCAAUGUCAGACUGGCCGGAAGAAGAGACACAGCUACCAGGCGGCAAUGCGCAUCUGUGGGAGGAGAGCUGGGAUGACGAUGAUACGAAUGAGGACUUUGCGGUGCAGCUGAGGGAAGAGCUCAAGAAGCUUGGUCAGAAAUGA